AUGCUUGAUAUAAUAAUUGAUAUGCGAUUUGAAAAGUACCAUUUUAAGGAAUCGUUAGGUUCAGUACUGGAUGUCAAACUAAUACCUAUGGAAUCUACUCAAGCACAAGUGGAUGCAUUGAUCUGCUUACUCAAGACGAAAAAUCACUGGGUUGGGCCAAUGACUGACGCUCUCAUCAGAAAUGGACAGGCACCCGUAGCAAAGAUGCUUCUACAGAUGCAACAGACCAGUACCGCUUGA